CCACUCUCACCACAGCGACGUCGGCUGAACAGCGGCCAGCUCGUCUAAUGCCCUACACUCACGUCUCUCUAGUUCCUUGAAGAUCAUAUAUCCCAUCAAUCUUACUUUGGAUAGGUCUUAGCCUCCCAAGUCAGCGGACAAAUCUAUUCUUCGACCCUUUAAUUCAACGUUAUACCUGAUGGAAGCAGGUGCCGCACAUGAGCACCCUGCUGCCCGGAAUAAUUUCCAACUCAAUCGUGGCCGCCAGCGGAAACCGCGUGGAGAGCUAAAGAGCGCAAAUCUCAACGAAUUGGACAAACUCGUUUCACUUCAGACAUCGCUCUGGGACGCACAAAGUGUAUUGCAAGAGAUCGUAGAGAACUGCAACCGUCUAAUAGAAGAAGAUUCCGGUUCUUUGCUUCGUCGACAGUCUUCGGAACUAGAGUACCGUCUUCGACAUCUACAGGAACAACGUGAAUCGCUUGAUGACGACAUACGACACGUUCAGGAACGUAUAGCAUCUCGGAAAGAGAAACUCCGUCAACGGCGAAUGCGCUUGGCUGAAGCACGAGCAUUGCAUGAGGAUGACUUACUCACGGAGUUCGAUGCUGGUGUACAGUUAGCCGAAGAGAAGAAGAGAGUCAAAGCCCUCAAAGGCGAGAUUGAACCCGUUCGGACAUCACUUCUCUCGACACUCGCAUUCAUUUUCCCUAUUGAGCUUCUCUCACCUCCUGACCUCCUGUACACUAUUCUCGGCGUCCCCUUACCUAUUCCGAUGCAGGGCUCUGAUCCAGCGCCGCCAUUGUCGCUUCCGCACGUGCCUGCAGUAAGCGAGGAUGGCGUCGCAAGUGCAUUAGGCUAUGCAGCGCUCCUUGUACAUUUGAUGGCGGCAUACCUCUGCCAACGCCUCUUAUACCCUAUUACUUACAUCGGAAGUCGCAGUCUUGUGAAGGACCCUAUAUCCGCGAUGAUGGGUCCGCGGAUGUUUCCGUUAUAUUCGAAAGGAGUAGACACGUACCGGUUUGAAUACGCCGUAUUUCUACUUAACAAGGACAUUGAACUGCUAAUGGCCGAUCGAAAUCUACACGCCCUGGAUCUCAGACACACAUUACCCAACCUCAAAAACCUUUUACUCACGCUCACAAGCGGCGAGGGUGCAUUACGGUCGCGCGUUUUGACUUCGCCCUCGGUGGUGUCAAUCACGCCAGGCUUACAAUCUCCGAGCCCUUUCGCGGCCGAAGUAGCGGGGACCGAAGACUCGGAGCCUCCACCGUUAAAUCUGGAAGGCGACGAGGCCGGCUGGAGUACGACGCCAAAAAGUCGGGCUGUUGGGCUACCUCCAAUAAACGAUAAGGUAGACAAUCGAAUUAAUACCGAUGGUGGAAACAGAGACGUUAAUGGUGGUGCUACCAUGAGAUCAGCUGCGACGGAGGAUACAAGCGACUUGUCUACCGCUUCUACGAACGAAGAAAGGUCGGGAACGUCAAGCACGGCAAGCACUCUGCGUCCACGCCUACCACGCAUCCAGAUCCAAUCUUACCUUGGUCUUACACCACUUUCCGCGAUGUGGCGCGGACGGGGAGCUUCAUCAUCUUCUGGAGCUUCUUCCAGCAAACAAGCUGGCUCGGGGGACAUGGUUGAUUCCUCUGAACCUUCCGCAUCUCGUCCUGGCUCAGUAGGCGAUGGCGUAGUCGCCAAUGGUACUGGUACUGAUACAGAGAGUACCUCAGAAUGUGGGGAGGACGACGACGAAGAAGACGAAGACGACCGACAAACUGUGCGAGGUUCCUCGGUGCCUACGACGCCAGUUGCGGGAGACCGUUCACGACGCGAAAGUGUCGCUUCAGAGGGCUUGCUAGACAAUUUGAAGGACCUAAAGUCACGAUUACGAGGUGGGGGAAGUACAAACGUCUUACACCCUGAAGCUGAGAAGCGUUCGGACUCAGUAAACGGUAAGGAUAGGGACGUUGUGGUCGAUACUACAUGCUAGUUUAUCGCAUUGGGAAUUUAUUAAUGGAGAUAAAAA